AUGCAGCAGAUGGAGGCUGCUAGGGUAGCUGCUGAAGAUGCCCAUAGGCAACAUAUGGAAGCCCUCCGCCAGCUGGAGAAGAAUAGGGCGAUUGCUCCAACCUCUGGUCUUGAGCCACGACCUGUAGUCAGGGAAUGGAGCCUGCAAGACUUCUUGAAGCAGCACCCGAUGAAGUUUAGAGGCAAGACGAGCCCUGAUGCCGCGUACCAAUGGCUAAAGGAUAUGGAGAGGAUCUUUGAUGCUAAAUACAAAAUCCAUCAUGGAGGAGAGGGGCGAACCAGUGACUUGGGAGGCAUUCAGGAGAAGUUUCUCUCUGAGUACUUUCCCAACAGCGUCAGAUAUGCUAAGGAGGUGGAGUUCCUCCAACUGACACAGAGGAACAAAUCAGUGGCGGACUAUGCUAAAAAGUUCAAGCACCUCAACCGCUUCUAUACACUGCCACUAGAUGAAGAGUGGAGAUGCCGCAAGUUCGAGAAUGGUCUUCGCGGCGAUAUUCGCUUGAUGGUAGCCCCAUUAUCCAUCAAGGAUUUUGCUGCUUUGGUGAAGAAGGCCAGAGUGAUGGAGAAGAUGAAGAACGAGGUGGAAGGUUAG